CAGGGCCGUCCGGCAUCGCGCGGUUGGUGGCGGCGAGCGGCGUGCGCCAUGGAGGGCCGGGGCCUGGAGGAAGACGCGCUGCUGCAGAAGCUCAAGGACAGCCGCCGCCGCUUCCAGAGGCGCAUGCGGGAGCUGAUAGAGAAGUAUGACCAGCCCUUCGAGGACGACCCACUGGUGCAGAUGGCCACGCUGACCUACCAGACGCCCCAGGGAUUGAAAAUUUGGGGAGGAAAACUAAUAGCGGAAGGAAGCGAAGGACUAAUCCAGUACCCCCUUGGGAAGCCAGAGGACAGGAUGGAAGACCCUGGGUAUGCCGCAGCCCGAGGUGACGAGCCUGUGCCUUUGUGCACCCUAGUCCUGGGAGCCGAUCCAGGAAGCAGCAAUGCCAGAGCAGGGUUGGACCCAGGCAGUCCUCUGGCCCAGGCCUUGGUGCCUUCAGUGCCUUGGAGCCCUCUGAAAAAUGAGUUAAGAAGGAAAUAUCUGACCCAGGUGGAUGCACUGCUUCAAGACGCAGGGUGUUUUGAGGGCACAGAUAAGAGAGGCACCUCAGACACACCCAUGACUCCCGUGCCUUCCCUGGCCUCUCCUGCCAUGCCUGGCCCCGGUCCCUGUGGAAGUGUCUCUGCAGAGAGCCCUGGUGACCCUAUGGAGCUGACUCCCUCCCCCAGAGAGUUGGAUCCGUUGUGUCCUUGCCCAGCAGACCUGGCCACAGCAUCUAGAAAUGACAGUCUGUCACUGCUAGGGACCAGCAGCUGCAUGAGCAGCCAGUCCUUCGAGGCGGAUGACAUCUGCGAUGUGACGAUCAGUGACUUGUACGCGGGUAUGCUGCACUCCAUGAGCCGGCUGCUGAGCACGAAGCCCUCGAGCAUCAUCUCCACCAAGACCUUCACCCUCCAGAGCUGGAGAUCCAGGAGGAGGCACGUGCGCAGGGGCAGGGUGCUGGUGAGCGAGCGGCACUGUGCCAGGGCUCGGUGUUCCCGGAGGGGCUCCCGGGAGAGGCCUGCACCCUGCUCAGAGCCCAGGCAAGAGGCAGGACCCCUAAGAGACUGUAAGAACUUACUGCAUGUCGCCCAGCAUGAGCCAUCUUCAAAACUGGACAGAGCUUUUCUUGUGGGAAACAAAGCCCAGAGCCUUAAAUUAGAUCCACGUUGGAAGGAACUUCAGGUGACACCCUGGAAGCAUUCUUCCUUGACUUUAGACCUCAACACAGUGCAUUAUCCUGACCAGGAAAAUAGACUUAGGAUGCUAAAGUGGUUGAUUUCUCCUGUAAAAAUAGUUUCUAGACCAAAAAUGUUGCCCAGCCCAGCAGAGAAUCGAUACAGGGAGAUUGAAAUAAAAUUUAACAAGCUUCAUCAAGAAUGUUGCCCAAGUGUUGGGAAACGAGCUUCCCCAGAUGGCUUUUCGGGCUCCUGGGCCAUGGGUGUGUACAGAGGUGGUUCUGUGAGCCCACGUGGCCUCGGGGGCUUAAAAACCCUCAGGCGGAGUUUGCCUUUCAGCAAAGCAAAACCGAAGGGGCUAAGUGAGGCCUUUGAAAACCUGAGCAAAAGAUGUGUGGAAGUAGGUAGAGGCCCACCAGAGAGCGACGCCUCUCCAUCUCUUCCCAAGAGCCGCGGCCACUCUUGGCAGACAUCUGGCCUCCUUCAGGGACACAGUUCUGGAACAUUCAGAAAGGCAUGGUCACCCCGCCAAGCUAUUUCAGUACCUAGGGUAGAACCUCUGGCCUGUGAGAGAAAUCGCUACAAUGAAAUUAAAGAAAACUUUGACCAGCUUCAUCAGGAGUAUUGCCAGAGGUCGCCUCGGCAGGCGCUGCAGGCAAAGGCGCCUGUCCCGCUUGGAGUGUCUCCAGAUAAAGCUGAUGUAGGAGUUCAGAGCCAAACCCAAGAGCUCUUCGGAAAGUCAAAUCGAGACUCUGUCUUCCAGAAACUGUCACCGUCACCGCAGUGGCACAUGCGAAGUCCACAGGGCUCACCUGCAGCUGAGGCUCAUCCAUCUGCUCACUCUGCUCAUGGUACCAGGAGGGACCCUCAGUUCCCUGCAAAAAGACACAGGCUGUCAGACCCCCAGGCGCGUGGACACCGGGCCAGUUUCCAGGAUUCCUCAGAGGUGGAUGAAGCUGACCCCAGACCAGGGGAGCAGGGUGGCCCCCCACAGGCCAGCUGGUGAGGAGGAGCAUUUCCACCUGUGGGGUGCAGUUCCUGCCAGCAGGUACUUUUCCUCUGCGGUGCAGAGGAGCGAAGCCACGGCAAGCCAGGUGCCACGGAGCAUCCCGACCUUGGCCGCUCCUCCUGACCGGUCCCUGCAGGACUGUGAAUGGGUUAUCCAGGUGCCGUCUCCCAGACCGUCUGCUUCCUUUAAAGUCAGCAUUGAUAGCAAGGAUGUGUGUGUGGGAGAGGCUUCAAGAUGGAGCUGCAAGUGUUUGGAAGGAAGGGGGUCCUGUGUCUUCACUGGAAUGCCCUCACUGCUGCUGUCUGUCCAUCUGUCCGUGUCGACACUCAGAAAACAAUUGUUGGAAGGUGAAACUGAUCUGGGAAUGGUGACCUCUGUCCCCUUCCCAGCUCCUCGGAGGGCCAGCAGCAUCCAGGUUCCCACGCCUGCCCUCCUGGCUCCCAGCUCUGGGCCCCUCAGCCACAGCUGGCCCCUACUGUACCCUUUUCUUUCCCCAUCCUGGGUCAGGGAGCAGGCGGGGUGGACGGGCCAGCGUGACGAGGUGCCAGGUCUUCAGUGGGAUCCGUGUGUCCUCAGUUGGGCUCCAGGUGGCAUGGCUCACCUGAGUGACUGCGGUCACUUGUCCCCACUGGCCGACAGAUGUGGGCUGAGUUGGGCUCUGGGUUUGAUGGUAGCUUGGGCAGGCAAGGUGAGGCCGUGUCUGCAGCCUCCUGUUCUUGUUUGUCCCCUGCUGAGGUCAGACCCCCUUGGGGGUCAGUUGAUGGGCCCUUCCUACCACAGUUACCUCCUUUUCUGUUUUUCCCACCUCUGCCAGUCCAGCCGAGGACCCUUCCCAGCAGCUCACUCCUGCCACUCCUGCAUCUGGCUGGUUCUAGAAACCACCAGAGCCCCCGUGUGCCCUCUCCCCAUUCCCCUGUCCUCCCAGGGUCACCCAGCCAGGCUCUGCCAUGACAGGGUCCUCCCUCUCCUUCCCAGGGAGCUCCUCACUGCCACCCCCUCCCACUCCUCACUUGUUUCUUGUACGUCUCCGUCUGGGCCGCCCUGCUGCCUCCCUGGGCAGGCGCGCCCAGCUGAGGAGGAAGCCGUCUGCACAGGCGCCCCACAGGCCCGGCACAGCGGCGGGAUCCUUCUGGCCAGUUGCGUUUUGUCUUGCUGAUGUGAAGUCCUAGGAGUGAGCAGCCAGGGCGGAGCACACGCCUGCCUGGCCUCUUCCCAGGGAAGACCUACCAGGUGAAAGCACCCGUCCCCAGGGGGAGCCUCUGGUGGGACCAGGAGGGCUAGGGGUGGCGCAGGAGCCAGGCCUCUGGGAGGCCAGAACUGGAGAGCAGCCGCCCAGUGCCCUGUGGACAGUGUCCUCCAUCUGCCUGUCCCAGCAGUGCCUGGCCACCAGCACAGUUGUUCCUGGGUCUUGGUCUGUUUGCUCACCUCCCCCAUCCAGGGCCCAUGUGGCUUUCGCAGGCCAGGCCACCACCGGGGGACCUUCAGCUACAGUUCAGUGAGGCCUUAGAGCUCACUGGACAUUCCGGGGGGGUGGCCUUGAAGAGAUGCUCCUGUGUUGGGUCACUUAGGAAAACCUGAGUUCUUGGCAGAAAGGGAGCAUUUCACCAAAGAGAUCCUCGGCCCAGAGCCGUCCCUGAGGUCUCUCCUGGCCGCCUGCACAUCACAGGUCCCUGAUCCGCUAUCCCUCCGGUCUAAACCUGAAUGACUGCUUUUCAAGUAGUCCCCUCCCCCGCCCAUGCCUUUGACCCUGGCCCCAGGACUCUCCUUAGCCUUUUUCUGGCCUCCCCAGCUGUCCUGUGGCCCCAGAAUACAGCCUGACUCUCCUGCCCCACCUUGGCCUCAGCUCCUCCCUCUCCAUGGGAAAUCUUGCCUGGCCAAGUAGAGGGAACCUCAGCCUCACAGAAUGGUGCGAAGUCCCCAGCAGGAGCAGGUGCCCCACUUUGGCAUGGGACUCUGCCCUCAGUGCCCAGUGCGGCCCUCACAGCUCCCCGCAGGUGAUGGUAGGUGAGUGUGGCGACACCACUAGCCCACAGUGUGCGUAUGUUUCCCCCGUCCCUGCUCGAGGUGUCCACCUCUCGGGCAGUGCCCAGAUCUCCACAAGUGCGGCUGCAAGGGAACAGUCGCUGGCUAGCAGCAAGGGCCUGCCUCAGUGCCCACAGGACCCUUUGACCAGGCAGGCUGUCUCCUUAUAAGUGAGGAGUGUGGCCUGAAGACUCCCCGCAGGCCUUGCUGGUGAGGUACACUGCCUGCUGGGUUGUUCUGUAAGUAGACCUGCCUUGGGGUUACGUACCGGGGCAUUUUCUGUAGUAGAUGCAGUAUUUCCUCACGUGCAGUGGGGCUCGAAACUGGCUGCAGCGGGGGUCAUCGUAGGGUGUCACCUUGUUUUUUUCCUAGGGGAAAGAACAUCUUUCAGGAUAGAGGGGAAUAGUGGUUUUGUUAGAGAUAUUUAGAGCUGAGGCUACCCUGGAGCAUAGUUCCUCUCCCUCGUGCUCUGUUUUGUAGGGCUGGGGUGGAAUCCAGGGCCACACACGUGCCAGGCAAGUGCUCAACCACUGAGCUGCGACCCUGCCCUUAAAGACCGGUCUCAGUCGCUAUGCCAGUUAACCCUGGUGAGCCUGUUCUGUUUUCUUUUUUUAAUGUAGACACAAAUCUGUUUUGUUAGACCAUCAUUUGUUUAUGAAACCUAUAUUUCAACCCUGGAUACAGCAAUCCUUGAUCUUUCGAGUACAAACUAAAACAUAAUUGGCCCAUAAAAAGCAGUUCUUGGCAUCCUGCUGGUUUUAGGUGGAGGUGUGUUGUCUUUGAACUGUCCCGUGUUAACCCCACCCCUGCACCCCACAGCACCCAGUGCCGUGUUUCUUUGAGAUGAUUUAUAAUAGGUUAUCACAGGGACAUUUUAUUGAAAUAUUUCAAACAUUCAAAAUCCAGUGGUGAAACCUGGAGUGAUGACGGUUGAUGUGUGUUACUGCUGAUGUGUGUUAAGGACGUAUUCUCAAUAAAAGAUGAAAGACAAGGUUAA